ACAAGAGAGUCCUGUGUUACCCUUACAGUUCUUGUAACGGUCACUACUCCUUUCUGUUUCAAAUAUCCAAAUAACCUCUUCACUUCUCACUUUGGCUACCUUACUAACAUUUUUCUCCAAUGAUCACUGAUCGGAAAACAGCGAACGUCCUGUCGGGCAAGACCGCUCGAGCCUGCGAUGGCUGUUCGAGGAAACGAGCUCGGUGGUUUUGUGCUGCUGAUGAUGCUUUUCUUUGCCAAUCCUGCGAUCUUUCGGUUCAUUCUGCGAACCUGUUAGCAAGCAGACACGAAAGGGUUCGGCUACAGACCGCUUCUUUUAAGAUUACUGGUUCGGACAAUGAACCUGCGUGGCAUCAAGGGUUCACUAGAAAGGCAAGAACUCCGAGGGGUAACGGUCAUAAAUCUUUUUCAGCACAUCAGCAACUUAUGAAGAAUGAAGAGAAAAUUAUGAAUAAUCCAGUACUCCCUCUUGUUCCUGAAAUUGAAGAAGAUGGUAAUAAUACGUCUGCGAACGAUGAUGAUGACGAUGGUGAUGAUGAUGAUCAAUUGCUUUAUCGGGUUCCGGUGUUUGAUCCUUUUUCUGCAGAGCUAUGUUCUGAUGAUAUGGUUGCUUCUGGUGAAGGAACCGGAAUCGGAAUGGGAAACGAAGAGGAGAAUAUUGUUUUUGAUGAUUUGGAUAAUUUACCAGUGUUUUUAUCUUCAGACAUGGAUCUUGCUGAUUUUGCUGCAGAUGUUGAGAAUUUACUUGGACUAGACGAUGAGGAUUCUCCUGAUUAUACUAAAGAUUUGGGUUUCUUGGAUUGCAAGGAAGAAGAUGAAGCUGAUGAUCAGAAGUUCUUUUUUAACGAUCAGGAAAAAGUAACGGUGAAGAUUAAAGAUGAGCAACAAGUUGAAGCAAUUAUGAGUACUGAUUGUGAUCAUUUAAAUGGAGCUUUUGAUAUGGAGAGAGACUCAUUGGAUUGGAGUUUCGAUUACGAGUCGCCGGUUAUGACAACGACUGAUGAGGCAGAAGAGGAGAAGAGAAUUAUGACUGUGGCAGUAAAUAGUGAAGAGAGAAAAGAAAUGAGAAGAAGUUCGAGUUUACUGAGGUUAAAUUAUGAGGGAGUUAUUGAUGCAUGGGCUAGCCAGGGCUCACCAUGGACUUCAGGAAGUAGACCACAAGUCAAUCCUGAUGAUUGCUGGCCUCAUUGCUUGGGUACAUGCACUAAAGAUGGACAUCAUUAUCACCCAAAUGGAGGCAUGGGAGGGCACACAGGAGGAGGAAAUAAUAGAGCAAGAGAAGAAAGAGUUCUAAGGUACAAAGAAAAGCGAAGAAACCGAUUAUUUUCGAAGAAGAUAAGGUACGAGGUGAGGAAAUUGAACGCAGAAAAAAGACCUAGAAUGAAAGGGAGAUUUGUUAAGAGGACAUCCUUCAUGGCAAAUGUUUUUCCUUACAUUAACAAAUAAAUCAUUGCCAUGAUAUAACAACCAGGUCGGAUCGGAGAGAAUUUCGUCGUCUUAACGAAUUCUAUCCGGCUCCAUCCAAAUCAGUCGAAACUACAUCAGACAGUAUGAUCUGUAUCAAAAAAAUAACUGCCAUGCUAUGACAUGUUUGCUAGCUUCUUUAUUGCUGCAAAAUGUAUCGCAUCAUUUGAAUUAAAAUGUAGGAUAAUUACUAAUUAUGUUCAAAUUAAUUUCAUUACUAUAUUUAGAAAUGGGCAAGUAACUAGGAGGUUACUUCUCUUUGUUUUUACUAUAUAUGUACAUCUUUGUCUUCCCCUCGGACAGUAUUGUAAUUAAUUCUCUUUGGCUGCAUGAGAAUGUGGUGAUUUUGUAACAAGACAAAUAUUUUUAAUAAAUUCCUUUGUUGUCA